AUGUCAGCAGACAACCACACAACUGUAGUGGAGUUCAUCCUGCAGGGCUUCUCAGAAGACCCACAUCUCCAGGGCCUGAUCUCCAUCCUUUUCCUCCUCCUCUAUCUGAUAGCCCUUACAGGCAAUGGCCUCAUUGUCAUAGUCGUCACUCUGAGCCCAGGUCUGCAUACCCCCAUGUACUUCUUCCUCAUCAACCUGGCCAUUUUGGACAUCGUCUGUGCAUCUACUGUUCUCCCCAAGCUUCUGGAGAUCCUGGUGGUUCAGGGGGACAUUAUCUCUUACUGGGGCUGUCUGACGCAACUCUUCUUCCUGACCUGGUUCCUGGGUGCUGAACUGUUGCUGCUCACAGCCAUGGCGUUUGACCGCUAUGUGGCCAUCUGCCAGCCACUACGGUAUGGCACCAUCAUGAGCUGGCCAGUGUGUGCACUGCUGGCCAUGGCUGUAUGGACAAUCAGUGCAUUGAACACAUCAGCGAACACAGGUCUCAUAGCACAGCUCAACUUCUGUGGCCCCAACCAUAUCCAACACUUCAUGUGUGAAGCCCCCAUGCUGGUGUUGCUGUCCUGCAGUCCCACAACCCUCAACAAUAUCUUGAUUAUCAUGGCUGAUGUCUACUUUGGUGUGGUCAACUUCUUACUCACUCUGGUCUCCUAUGGCUACAUUGUGGCCAGCAUCCUACGCAUCCGCUCAGCUUUGGGCAAGCGCCGAGCCUUCUCUACCUGCUCCUCCCACCUCCUGGUGGUCACCUGGUACUAUUCCACUGUCAUCUACACCUACUUCCUCCCGGGCUCUGGUGCCUCCAUGCAGAAUGGUAAGGUGGGGGCUGUGUUGUACACAGCAGUCAGCCCUGCCCUGAACCCGCUCAUCUACACACUGAGGAACAAGGAUGUGAAAGCGGCCCUGCAAAAGGUGGCCCCGGUCUCUUGGUGUGAUCAUUCUUCACCAAACUCCUGGAACCAGAAGGGAAGUGGGAAUUUGGACUCACUGGUCCCCGGCACAUGUCUCGUGGAUGCUGCUGUUCCAUCAGUGUUGGGCCUGGUGAAUGGCUGGGAAGCCCAGGGCUGUGUGGCUAUUACCCUCUCUCCUCCUCAGGAUCCUUAUCUUGUGACACCUGUUAGGAAUGCUGAGGACAGCACCACUUUCCUCAGAGUCUUGCCUUUGGGUGUUAUCAUCACAUUAAGGAUGGGCUGUCUGUACCUUGAUUUUGACUUGUCACCUCCCAGCACCCAGGUGGCCUUGUUCUUAUUAGAUAUGAGAACCUUGUAA